GUCUGACUGGACAAACGGUGGUGCUUACGUGGUGGCGAACACUAAUUUCCCAAUUCCUCUGUACUUAUCCACGUGUAUUGCUAAUUAAUUUUAUUUUAAAAAUUAAAGAAUAAAACUUUCAAAGCCCAUCUGACCUCAUCCCUCGACUUGACCUAACUUUCUACCCUUCUCAUUUUUUCCAUCGACGAACUCCUAACCCGUCGCCUGCCGAGGAAGACGAAGGCGACGGAUUUUGAAGAAGGCGAAGAAGGAAGACGAAGGCAGUGAACCCCCUAACCCGUCGUAUCCCCUAAUUUUCCUUCAUCCUUCGUCGAUCUACCCUUCUCGCCCACCUUCCUCGACGAAGACCAACACUGAUUUCGGCGACUUAAAAAACUCGCGACGAGCUUAGGCUGGCUCCUCCCAUGCUUCCUUUCAGCUGGAAACCCUAAUCGCGACGAACCCUGAAAACACGAGGAGGGGAUUCGAAGAAACCCUAAUUGCACAGAAAAUGGGGAUUUCUGAGCAACCUCAUCUGUAGCCACUGGUGAGUCUCGCUUUUGAAUUGGUAGUUUUGGGUAUUGAUUUUGGUUGGAAAGUUCUUAUAGUAUUGUCUUUCUCUUGCUUUUUUGGUUGGUAGCGAGGUGUAAAGACUGAAGAACAAGGGGACCAAUCGACUGGAUUCCACACCGAUUUCGCCCCUGAAUUUGACGGUGAGUAGCUGAAUCUUCUGGAUAGAAUUGUCAUUACCUUUGGUUGCAAAAACCCUAGAAUUGAAUAAUGUCAAUCGUUGCUUUUUUCGAGUUGUGUUGUUAGUUAGUGAUUAAAGAAUUGUUAAUGGUGAUUUAAAAACAGAUUAAAGCUGUUACAGAUGGCUGAUUCAUGGGAUGAGGCUUUUGGAGAGUAUGAUUCAGACGUUGUUCAGGAGAGUCCAGAUGCUUCCUUGGCUGCACAUGAUGGUGUCGAGGCAUCUGUUGCUCGAUAUAUAUACCAUGUUUAUGAUUUAGAAGAUGCAGACACAUCUGAUGACGAGUACCAUGAAGCAAUGGCAAAUCUGAGAGCCUAUGGGGAUAGUAUGAGAAGGAAGGUGAAGGCACGUAUUGAUGGCCAUGGAGAGGAAGUCGAACAACUUGAUGUUUUUGAGGAGGACGAAUCCUCUGGUGAUGACUCUGAGGAGGAGGAUGGAUUGGCUGGGGAUAAUGGUGUGAAUGAAGAACAGGAGGAUGCAGAACAGGCCGAGGUACCUCCAAUGCAAGAAGCUAGGCGAGCAGACUCGAACCAUUCGAGUUACAGGCUCUCUGAAGAUUCCAACCAUGUCAAAGCCAAUCUUUCUGACUCGGAAGGUGGGGACAUCUUCGAUGAUGCACCGCAAUAUGAUCCACAUUGUAACCACAAUGUUCUCCAGUCCGUGCCCCGGAUGAAGUUUGCCAGUUCGGAGGAAUUUAAGGCAGCUGUGGUUCGCCACUCUGUAGCUGUUGGGGCCGGUUUGAGAUGGGUUAGGGUUGAGAAAUCAAGAAGAGAGGUCAAAUGCAAGGACAAGAACUGCAAAUGGAAUGUAUAUGCUAGCUGGUUCAGGCGCAAUUAGAGCUUCAUGGUGAGGAAAAUCGGGCUGCCACAUUCUUGUGCAAGACAACUGCGUGUCAACCAAGUAACUGCCCACUGGAUUGCACAGGAUAUGCUCGAGAGAUACAGAAUUAAUCCUGAGUGGGCUCCAACUCAAAUCAUGGCAAAGGUAAAGUUGAAGCAUAAUAUAGAAGUGGCUAGAAGAACCUGCUAUAGAGCAAAAAUAAGUGUUAUAAAAAUGUUGAGUGGUUCACUUGUGGAAGAUUAUCACAUGGUGAGGUCUUACUUGGGAGAGUUGAAAAAGCGAGAUCCUAGAGGGAACUUCAUUCUUGGAGUUGAGCCACACCCUUCACAAGACAAGGUGUAGUUCCAAAGAUUGUACAUAGGAUUCUCUGCAUUAAGGGAUGGGUUUCUUGAAGCGUGUCGUCCGAUGUUCGGAUUGGACAGAUGUUUUUUGAAGGGAGAAAUUAAAGGCACGCUUCUGACGGCGGUUGGUAAGGAUAGCAACAACCAAAUGUACCCAAUUUCUUGGGCAGUUGUAGAGGGAGAAAAACAAACUCAUGGAUGUGGUUUGUAAACACCUUAGCUUAAGAUUUGGAGCUUAGGGACGGCAGGGGCUGGUCUGUCAUAUCGGACCAGCAAAAGGUAGUAAUUUCAAUAACUACAACCUCAUUAAAUUCCAUUAAUUAAG